GUCUUGAUUUUCUUUCGUUUUCAGGUACUUCAAUUUGUUGCUACCAAUCCUGGCAAUGCUCCAAUUUUCCAAAGGUGGGCCUAUUAUUGCUUUCCAGGUUGAAAACGAAUAUGGUAGCACGGAAAAAAAAGGAAAAUUUGUUCCUGAUAGAACUUACCUCCGACAAUUACGCCAACUCAUGAUUAAUAACGGUAUAGUAGAACUACUUGUGACAUCUGAUAGUCCUUCUCUCCAUGGAAGUAUUGGAACGCUACCUGGAGUUUUCCUACAAACCGCAAAUUUUGCCAGUAAUCCUGAAUAUGAAUUUCGAAAAUUGAAACGGCUGCAGCCUAAUCGACCAAUAAUGGCCAUGGAGUUUUGGAGUGGUUGGUUCGACCAUUGGUCAGAAUUACACCAUGUGCGAAGUGAUGACAGUUUUGCUGAUACUUAUGAGCGAAUUUUGAAAUAUCCAGCUUCAGUGAAUAUAUAUAUGUUCCACGGUGGAACCAGUUUUGGAUUCAUGAAUGGUGCUAACUUGGAAAACUCUUUGACUGAUAAUUCUGGGUACCAACCAGAUACGACAAGUUAUGAUUACGAUUCACCGUUGACUGAAAGUGGUGAUUACACAGUGAAGUACGUUUUGAUGAAGGAGUUGCUGAGAAGAUAUAAUCCAGUAUUAACGAGAAUUCCCCAAACACCUCAUCAACUGCCGAAAAUAGUAUACGAUCCUGCACCAAUUGAUGGUCAACUUCUUCUUGAUGAAAUGUUGGAGGGCUCUCAAAAAAUUUUCAGCGAAAAUUUAAUGUCUAUGGAAUUAUUGCCCAUCAAUAAUAUGUCCGGUCAAAGCUACGGUUACAUUGUCUACAGAAGAAGGUUUCUCGAUAUGCCAGCACGUUCAGUACUGACCAUAGGAGGAAGGAUAUGCGACAGCCUAGUUGUUCUCAUUAAUGGAGAACUGGUAUCGAAACCUUUGAAUGUGACGAAUGAUUUAAACGGUUUUGGAUUUUGGAGACUGAAAGAUUCUAAAUUACACCUAAGAAAUGAGAAUCUGCAAAAUGCUACCUUAGAUUUGGUUGUAGAGAAUUGGGGAAGAAAUAACUUUGGAUAUUUGGAUCAAUUCAAUCAAUUCAAAGGUCUUUGGCAGGGAAGCAUUUACUUGAACAAGAAAGAAAUAAAAAAUUGGCUCAUUAUUCCACUGGAAUUCAGGAAAUGGUGGACGAAUCAACUUUCUGGCUGGCAUAAACCAAAUAAACUAGAUUACUUUGGUCCAUCUUUAUAUAAAACAAGUUUCUUCGUUAAUGAAACAAUUGAUACAUACUUAGAUAUGCGAAAUUGGUGUAAAGGAAUAGUAAUAAUCAAUGGGUUUGUAUUGGGUCGAUAUUCCAGAAUAGGACCACAGCAAACACUGUACUUACCUGGGCCUUUUUUGAAAGUAGGUUGGAAUAAUGUGAUUAUUUACGAGCAUUACUAUUCAUCGGAUCGAAUUGUGUUUUCAAAUAGACCAAUAUAUGAAACAAGAACAAAUUUUGAAUCCUUGACUCAUUUAAGAAAUAACCGGAUAUAGUCAAUUGAAUAUAAUGAAUUUUUUUUAAGAAAGAUGGGAUGGUCAUUUGAGAGUGUUGAUGAUUUGUUUGAUUGAAGAAAGAUUUCCUAGUUGAAUGUAACCAUUCCCUAUUUAUUCUAUUUAUUCUGUAUAUGACGUGGAAUAUUGAGAAAUUUUUAGGUAUAAGAUAUCAACAAUAGGCUGUAUUGCAUGUCUCGUUGUUUUCGCGUUGAUAUUAUUCUGAAACCAUUCUAAUUCUCAAUACAACAGAAUGUUCCCUUAUUUCUUCCAAACAAAAAUCUAGAUAUUGUGAAGUUGUUAUUCUAAGUUCGAUUUCAUCCCUUCAAUUUUAUGUUACAUCAAAACAACUUACUAAUUGACAGAUGUUUCAAGUUGUAUACAGCACUACCUCUCAAAUCCGGUUAUUGCAAAUUAGAGAAGUUUGUACUUUUACAAUACGACACCAUACAGUAGGUAUUUGUGGACCAUUCUUCACAGAAAUACUCCGCUUGGCGAGUGCAAUGGCUACGCCACCAAGACUCAGAUGUCUUCUGACGUCAUACAUGUCUCUGAAGUUUGCGGUUGUCUGUUUGGAGUUCUAUUGUUUCUAUCGCUUUCCUGAAUUACAUUCGGAAAAUAUUGAGUAUACCCUAUAAUCAAGUGAAAAGAUGUUACGCCUAUGAAAAUAUGUCGGCAUAUGGUCUAUUAUCGCUAAAAAUUUAUUCAGUUCAACUUAAUUCUAGAAAGGUUUCAGCGUUUUGGUACUGGAAAGAAUCUCGAAUAUGAUGACAGUGAAACAGAUAGAGAAAUAAUUUAGAGCUUAUGUGAAUAAAUUCUAUUCUUAUUUUA